AUGGCGGACUUGAGUAGUGGUAUCUGUGACAUGAUUGGGAAGUAAGUAAAAAAAAACAGCUCACCUAGCUAACCGUUGAUGUGGGGGAGGGGUGGCUAAGCUAAUUUAGCACGUAGCUAAGCCACAGAACGCGGAAGUAAAACCAUUUUAAAUGUCCGUGUUUACGUUGAAGACGCUGUGUUAGACAUAUGCCAGCGGUUGCAACGCAGUGUGACUGACAUAUUUAUGCUUUAUGAUGUGUUAAAUUCGUGUUUAUAAUACCCCCAGGCAUUCACUUACUGGCUAAACAAGUUUUCCUGCCAAAGCUAGCGUUAGCUUUAAACGACGUCGAAGUUAGGUACGUUACGUCAGUGUCGUUACCUUGAUAACGACAUAAAAUAAUUAACGUUUUCGUAUCACAAUUUUAGUAUUGUAUAUCGGCUGAAAUAGAUACAAUUAUAUGGUUUUCGUCAAUUUAGAUUCGCUUCUUCGGUGUUGAUAACCAAUUUUCCUUAACCUUGAUACGUCAGCGACGUAAAAAAUCAAUCAACGAUCAGUCACGUAUAAUGUUUGUGACGUAGUUUUUAUUCCGCUUUUCUUAAAGUAUAAAUAUUUCACUGUAAAACGUCACCCUCAAUAAAUCAACCUUGAUAGCGAUUACGGAUAUUUACAUCACACCGUGACGCUUAACAGAAAAGACAAAGUGAGUCUCCUGGCCAAAAAUCUGCUGAUCGAAUUUUCCAGGUAAGCACAUGUUUCUGGCCACGUUGGUCUCGUGAGCCGAGAACCGAGUCAUGUUUACUAUUACGCAACGUGCAGUAGUGCAGCAGCAGCAGCAGCACUUCCGUGACAGUUGGGCCAGGUUAGAGUUACAUUGUUAAUAAAUUUAUUGACACCUUUGUAAUAUGAGUAGACAUGCAACGUUACAUAACGCAGCAUUCAUGUAAUCUGACCUUGCAACCGAACUACUUUAUUGAAUUCACAAUUCACUCUUCAAAGAAAUACACCAACCAGUCAUAACAUUAUAAACACGUGCUGUCUAAUGCAAUCUAACACAACAGCUUUCCAAUUCUGCUUUAUGAGGCUUUUUCAUUUCCUGUUUUUGUUGAAGAAAUCAGAUGUGCUUUAUUUUCAUUAUUAAAGAAAUAGUUGUGGACUAGAAGGGGUUAGGGUUUGAAAAUAUGGAUUAGUUGAAGCUGUUAAACAACAGCAAUAAGAUCAGCAAACCUACUUAGAUUGUAAUGGUAAAGAUCUGGCUCUGGCACAGCUUUGUACCAUCCUGAUAGAUCACAAGAUAGAGUUUGUUUACCCAGCAAGUCAGCACAUUGAAGCACAACAAAGAGUUUGUUUGUUUCGGACUGAAGUAGAUGUCAGUUGUAGGGCAAAACCGAUAUGGAUUUUUUGGGGCAGAUGCUGAUUUAUCGGGGGGGGUCCAAUUAUUUUUAUUAAGUUAUAAAAAAAUAUAUAAACUGUAGAUAUUUACAGUAUACUAUAUAGCCUACUGUAGACUGCUCUUCACAGGAAAACCAAGUGAUCAAACUCGGACCAGAAAAGCAUUUUCAAAUGGCGGAACAUUUUCGAAGUGAAACCGAAUCUCAUUCUUCACAUUUUAUUUCUAAAAAUAUCUGCGAAAAUCUGCGACUUCUGGCCGAUUAGUCUCAAACGGGCUAAAAUUGGCCGAUUUAAACGUCUUGCCGAUAAUUCGACCAGGCCCUAGUCAGUACACCUGUUAACCGCUGAACUCACACAGGCUGCCUCUUUUUUCUCUUGUAGCGGUUUAUGUUUUUUUGUUAGUUGACACCUGAUGCAACCUGCUGUGUGGUGCAUCACUCUUGUAGUUAUGCAAACAUUAAAAGCUGAGCGAACACAGCAUUUUUGUUUCACUUGUGUCAUGUAAUACCUGAUGCGAUUGCAGCAUUAUGUUUGAAUGUAAAAUCGAUAUGAAUAUGAAUAGGUUAUUGAAGUGGAAGCUCAGAGCGGCCCAGUUUUGUCUGGGAAAAUUAACAAAUGAAUACUUUUAUAAAUAAGACAACAAACUUACGGGCUGUAACAGAAAAAGGGAGCAUAUUGAUGUAGACAAAGCAGUGUUUAUUUGUUAUUAGGCCAAGGAGCAAAGAUCAUGUGCUUUGUCAGAGACUUUGCAUUUGGAACAUUUUCUGUGGUUGAGUUUUGGCAAAAAGUGCCUUAAGUUUCUCAUUGUUUCUGCACUACAGUAUAUCAGUUCACUCUAAGUUGUUGCUGUUUUAUGUGUGGUUAAAAUCAUGAAAGCUCAUUUGGUUCCUUGACAGGUUUUGAGGUUGUUUUGACGUAAGAGAUAAUCAAAAAAUCAGGGCACUGCAGACUUUGUGGUCCAGGCGUGCGCCCCAUAUAUGGAGGUUAUGCCUCGAGGAGACAGUCUGGGUUCAGUUCAAGCCUGGGGCUCCUUUCCUCGCGUCCCUCCUUUCUCUCCGCUCUAAACACCGUCCUCGUCUCUCCAACAAAGACUGAUGCAAAGAUCAUGUAGAACUGUGGGAAACCUUUUACAAGUGUGAUUUUUUUCAAUGACACUUUUCUGUCUUUUUCUGUCCUCCUCUCCAGUUUGUCCCUGCACUGUAGUAGUACCCGAAGUCCGGGGCCUCUGUGGUGCUCCUGAUGCCCCUCUCCCACCCCUGAAGAUCCCAGGUGGGCGAGGGAAUGGCACACGGGAUCACACUCCUUCAGCUCGGCAACUCUACUCAGUAAGCCUCCAAGCACACAUACACUUGCCGUUGAAAUGUCAGAGCUGAUAUUUGCGUAAUGUUUUCACAGCUCAGAAGGUUUUCACUGUUCAGCUCUUAAGCUUCUGGAAGUUGUUUUUCUAACUUUAAUUUGCUUUAUUGGACACGAAAACCAAUGUGCAAUGAACAUGAACUCCAAUUUCAGAUUUUUAACUAGCGUUUGUGUUUCUAGGACCGAAAGUUGACUGUGACAGAGGAGCCAGCGGGGAAUGGUCGCCCUGGGAUUCUCCACUUCCAAAGUCGUCCUACCAUUACCAAGACGAUACAGUGGGAUGCUGUUUUGAGCAACAGCGCGCUUUACGUGGAGAUACCUCAUGACCCGCUUCCUGAAGGCAGCAAGGAGAGGUGAGGCCAGACUGUUAGAAAUGAACUCGUGCUGAAAAACCUUCUGACCCGAGUAUUUUCACUGUAGGAUAAUAUCGCGUAAUAGGAAGAUGAUCAGAUUGGUGCAACCUCUUGACUCUCUAGCUUUGUUUACUUCUUGACCUAGAAAUUUAGAUAAACCUAUUUUGACACAUCUGAGAGGGAGUCGGAGCAGAUCAGUUCAAAAUACUCAAAGACAAGAUUUUUGCUCCUUUAUGUUGAUCUAAUCCGCCUCCUGUUCCUCCUUCAGUUUUGCAGCUCUCUUGGAGUAUGCCGAAGAACAUCUGAAAGUCGUUAGCGUGUUCGUCUGCUUUUAUAAGAACAGAGAAGACCGUGGUAGGUGCUCACAGCUCUCUCAUUCCCUGUUACUAGAUCGCCAUAUUGGCUUCAGUAUUCUGACUGUGCCUUAACACCUGUUUUCCCUUCAUCUUCCAUCAGCGAAACUGGUGCGUACGUUCAGUUUCCUGGGCUUUGAGAUUGUGAAACCGGGCCAUACCCUUGUCCCACCCAGACCCGACGUUUUCUUCAUGGCCUACAAUUUUGACCGGGACUCCUCUGAUGAGGAGUAG